AUGGCCCCAACGGCUUCUGGGAAACGGCCAUGUUUCUCUCUCAGUGCCUGCCACACAGACAGCAGCCAAUGGGACCAGGCGACUCCAACGUUGUCAGACGGGGUUUCCGAGCAAUCUCCAGACCAGGCCGGCGUCAAAGAGGAAGUCGACGACGCAGACUCCGAUCCGCUUCCGGACGCUUGUUUUGGGCUCCUGGGAACCCCGCCCUGGGCAGAGCCUCAAGGGCACAUCGACAAACUGCCGGAUGAAGUCUUAAGGGGCAUCUUUGCCGUUUUGCCCGCUGUGGAACUCUACCAGAGCCUCAGCCUGGUGUGCCAUCGCUGGCGGCGGAUCAUCUCCAAUCCACAGUUCAUCCCCUGGAAGAAGCUGUACCUUCAGUAUCUGAAGGCGGAAAGUCACGCCCUGCUGACGGUGAAGGCCAUUCAGCGCCGGUACAGCCUAACUAGAGAGGAGAACCAGUGCAUGCUGGGAUUGAUACGGUGUGUAGCAGCCAUUAAGAACCAUCAGCGCCGAGACUCAGAAGCCAUCUUGGAGUGUUUGAAGAGCCACCCGCUGUUUCGUGUGGCCGAAAUCUGUGUUGUGAAGCGACUGCCUGAUUUGGAAAGCCCGCACGAGGGGAUACCAAACGUCUGGGCUGUGAUGGCAGCCAUCGUGCUCUUCUCGGGAUCCCUCGCUGACAUCCAGAAACUGGUGACUUGCCUUCAGAGACCUGGUUCUACCCUCUCACUGGUGGAUAUAACAGAAGCCUUAUAUUGCAUGGCUACCCUUCUCCACAGCAUGAGGGACAAUGGAGUCAAUGUCAGUAACCGGAUUCACUACAACAUUUUCUACUGCCUGUGCCAAAUGGAGAACUCAAACUGCGGCCCAGCGGUCGUCAAACCAGAGGUGCCCAGCUGCAGCUACGAUGGUGGCCAUGGAUGCAGCGCCAGCUCUAACAUCCAGCCGACCCGCGAACAGCAGUUGAUCUUAAACCACGCCAUCGUGCCCGGGCAGGUUGUGAAAAUCAUGGCGUUUGCAGGCACUGGGAAGACCUCCACUUUGAUCAAAUACGCAGAGAAGUGGUCCAACCUUCGGUUCCUGUACUUGGCGUUCAACAAGACCAUCGCGGACCAGGGCGGGCGGGCGUUUCCCCCGAACGUGACGUGCAGGACCAUCCACUCCUUGGCGUUUGCGAAACUCGGCAAGCUGUACAGCCAAAAGGGCAAGCUGAACACAGGCUCACUGAGCUCUUAUUGGAUCAGCUUCGUCCUCCAGAACCUCAAAGGGCAAUCUCCGUUCAUAAGGGCCAAGUCGGUCGCCCAAACCCUGGCGACGUUUUUCGCCUCCCGGGACACAACCAUCAGUUUUGAGCACACGCCAAUCUGGUGCAAGAACACCCUGGGAGAGAAGGUUCUUGUCCCACAGCAUGAGAAGAUUAUCAUUCUCGAGGAAGCCAACAGAAUUUGGGACAAUAUGCAAAGUCUAAGUCCGACGAACGAGAUGGCAUACAAGAUGACCCAUGAUGGCUACUUGAAGCUUUGGCAGAUAAGUAACUCCCGGCUUCUUGAAUACGAUGCCAUAUUUGUCGACGAAGCCCAAGAUUGUACUCCCGCCGUCCUGGACAUGGUUCUCUCCCAGCCCUGCGGGGUCAUCUUGGUCGGAGACCCGCACCAGCAGAUCUACAGCUUCCGGGGGGCCGUCAAUGCUCUGGAGGAGGUGCCGCACACUCACCUCUUCUACCUGACCCGGAGUUUCCGAUUUGGCCCCGAAAUAGCAUACGUUGGAGCUACCAUAUUAGACGUCUGCAAGGAAGUUCGGAAUAAGACCCUGGUAGGGGGCACUCAAGAGGGUGACGUCACUGGGAGAGAGCCAAGAGGGACGGUGGCCAUCCUGACCCGGAGCAAUGUGGUGCUCUUUGAUUCCAUCGUGCAUGUCACUCGAGGAAAUCCACCAGCUAAAAUACACCUGAUUGGGGGUCUUCAGGCCUUUGGCCUUGACCAGAUUCGGGAUAUUUGGCACCUUUACCAUUCCGAACUGGGCUUCAAGGUGAAGGACCCUUUCGUGAAGAGGUGGCGGGAGAAAGGUUUCCAGGCUUUAAAGGACUACGCGGUGAAGGCAGAAGAUAAACAGAUGGAGUUCAAGAUCGCAGUUGUGGAGAAAUAUUGUCGCUACAUCCCUUUGCUGCUGGAGAGGAUAUCUCAGUGCCACACACCCACUCCUGAAGUUGCAGAUUUCGUCCUGGGGACCGUCCAUAAGGCCAAAGGGCUCGAAUUUGACACCGUCCAAGUAGCCGAUGACUUUGCGGCCGUCCCUUUAGAGCGGCACAACCUUGGGAGGAUUCCAGGCUUCCACGUCGACAGAAUCCCGGCCGAUGAAUGGAAUUUGCUCUACGUCGCGGUGACUCGGGCCAAGAGGCGUCUCAUCAUGCCGCAGGUUCUGUGCCAUCUCUUGACCUUGGCUGGGGAGUAUUUCUUAAGGCCAGAGCUGACCAGCGAGGUCUGCAAGGAGCAGCCAGUUCAGUGCUCUGUCGUGGGGUGCCUCAAUCCUAUUCCUCCCAACUCUUUCCUGACCAUGAAGAAGAGGCCGUUUUCUUACAGCAACAGCACCCAUGGUCCCGAGGGCUACCUCUGCCACAGCUGCGUGCAACGGCGUCUCGGCCCACUGACGUGGCUGAUGGUUUCUCCGGAAGUGAUGGAGACGCUGAAACCCGCGGAAGAGGUUGUCGCUCUUCCGGAAGGCUACCAUGACCUCCUGUUGGAACUGGAUUGA